AUGGUCAGCGUCCUUCUUGAUGCAAAACGAAGAGUGGAGAAUUGCACCUCAAGGUCCAGAAAGCUGGACAAUGCGUGUGUCUCCGCCUGCAACAUUGCAGCAGUUCUUAACGUCGCCAAUGUAGAAUUCCCUGAGGUACAGGAGGAUGGGGUUGCCAGAAAGAAGUGGGAGCGGUUGGUCGAGCAGGCUAGAGCAGAGCUGCAAGGUGCUCAGGAAGGUGCUGACAAAGAGAAGCAAGAGCGGUUGAGGGAAACGGAGAGGGUCAAGAUCUUGGAGAGGGAAGUUGGAAACCUUAAGCAGGAGACUGCAACCCUACCGGCGAAACUGGUGAAUGCAACAGCGCUUGCUGAGCAGCGGGAGCGAGAGCGGUUAGAGGUGAUGGAGAGGGCUUCGGAACUGAAGCAAGGAACUGACUGCCUAAGGGAAGAGCUGCAGCAGCUGCGAAAUGCUUCGUGCGGCAUCCUAGAGAGCAUCACACGAAACGGCUAUUGGAUCGGGAACGAUUGGGUUGAAAGUGCUCAGCUCAGAGACGCCUAUAGAGAAAGCGAAAAGGAUUUGAGGCGGCUGUUGGAAAAGGACAGCCCUCACGUGAAGGAAAGAGCUGUCAAGCUGUUUGACACGCCAUGGGGAUUGAAGGCUUUGAAGGACCAGGUCUGGAAGAGGCUGAGUGCUGCGCUAGGGGAACAGUACGCCUUGCUCAGCUCAAGGGUCAUCACGAAUGACACAAAGUCUGGCGAUCAAGUGCUCCACAGGGGUGUCGAUCUCUGCGAGAGCCCGCCGGUCUUACUUGUCUUCAUGUUGCCAUUGGUAGAGGUGACUGCAGACCGGGGGCCGACAGAGGUGUUUUGUCCGAGCGGGUCCGUCUUGAUGACCACAAAGCUAGGGGCUAUCUACGGCUUUGACACUUUCUUGGAGCACAGGGUGCAGGUUGGGAGAAACAGACCCCACGAUCUCCGCAUGGUGCCUGCGAUUGUGAUUGGCAACUCAAGCCCUUUGUAUGGCGAAAGGGCCUUUCAAUGGCUCAAGAGGGAGAGCCAAGUGUCUGUGAAGCCUUUUGCCCUUGGUGACCAGGCCUCACCUAUCGCUGGCAUCAACUAUACCUUUCUCGAUGAGGACCCCGCUUCCGUCGGCGUGGAUGCUCCACCGGCCACAUCUCUGGAUGCCCUGGUGGCUCAACGCAAUGCCGAGUCGGUCACCAGCAACGACGUCCUGUGCAUGUAUCUAACCGCAGCAGAUCAGCACCAGCUGGGGAUCAGGAUAGACAGCCCCGAAAGGAAGAGCAGCACCAAGUACUCCUUGAAGCUGCUGGACAUUGAUGAAGACCCCAUCAGCGUGCCACGCCUCAAGAUGGACUCCACGAUCUCGCUGAGCGCCGUGGACUUCUAG